UCUAAUGUCUCGCGUAGUCAAACAUUCCAGAGGUAAACAAACUAAAACAGCGGAGAAGUUGUAAGUUUGAGAAACUAAAUAAACUGGUAGCUAUAUCUGUUAUUUAUAAUGGCUCAUUUGCAGUUAAAAGAAGGAGAAUACACGUCUACUGUGUAUGGAAUGAUUAAAGAUCAAAGAUAUAAUGAAGCUAUUCAGGUUUUAAAUCACCAGUUACAAGGACAUCCUAAGUCCAGACCAGCAUUGUCUCUACUAGGUUACUGUUACUUUCAAAGUCAAGAUUUUGUAAACGCCUCUGAUUGUUAUGAACAGUUAACAGUGUUAUUCCCUGAUAACGAAGACUAUCGAUUGUAUUUUGCUCAAUGUCUUUAUAAAACCAGCCUGUUUCAAGAAGCUAUGAAAGUUGCCUGCCAAAUAGAUAAUCCAGACUACCAAGGAAAGAUAACCAAGUUACAGUCAGCUAUUAAAUAUGGUGAAGAAGAUCUUCCAGCAGCUAAGAGUUUAGUAGAACAAUGUCCGCAGGAUGACCCAGAUACAGAAAUCAACUUUGGCUGUCUUUUAUUCAAGGAAGAGAGAUAUGAAGAAGCAUGCCAGAAAUUUACUACCGCUAUACAGAUUCUAGGUUAUCAACCCCAUCUGUCAUAUAAUAUAGCUUUAUGUCAUUAUCAACUAAAACAAUAUGCUCCAGCGUUAAAACAUAUAGCUGAUAUUAUAGAGAGGGGUAUUCGUGAACAUCCAGAGUUAAGUGUUGGUAUGACAACAGAAGGUAUAGAUGUUCGUAGUGUAGGUAAUACUUUAACUCUACAUGAAACAGCUCUAAUAGAAGCCUUUAAUCUUAAAGCUGCUAUAGAAUAUCAGUUGAAAAAUGUUGAUGCAGCUUGUGAAGCUUUAACAGAUAUGCCACCAAGAGGUGAAGAAGAACUUGAUGCUGUUACACUACACAAUCAAGCCUUAAUGAACAUGGAAGCUAAACCUACACAAGGCUUCCAAAAAUUACAGUUUCUUCUCCAACAAAAUCCAUUCCCAUUGGAAACAUUUGGAAAUCUCUUGCUUCUGUAUAUUAAAUAUGAGUACUAUGAUUUAGCAGCAGAUGUUUUAGCUGAAAAUGCUCACAUGACCUACAAAUAUCUGACACCGUAUUUGUAUGAUUUCCUUGAAGCUGUUAUAACACGACAGACAUCACCAGAAGAAGCUUAUAGAAAGUUAGAUGAUAUGGCAUCAAAACAAACAGAGACAUUGAGAAAACUGACAAAACAGGUACAAGAAGCCAGACAGAAUCAUGAUGAUGAUGCUGUGAAGAAAACUGUUAAUGAUUAUGAUGAUGCUUUAGAAAGAUAUAUACCUAUAUUAAUGCAGCAAGCUAAGAUAUAUUGGGAUAUGGAUAAUUAUCUACAAGUAGAGAAGAUAUUCCGUAAAUCUGUAGAAUUCUGUAAUGAACAUGAUGCAUGGAAACUAAACGUAGCUCAUGUUCUGUUCAUGCAAGAAAAUAAAUAUAAAGAAGCUACUGGAUUUUAUGAACCAAUUGUGAAAAAGAAUUAUGACAAUUUAUUAAAUGUUAGUGCUAUAGUAUUAGCUAACCUGUGCGUAUCGUAUAUUAUGACCAGUCAGAAUGAAGAGGGUGAGGAAUUGAUGCGUAAAAUAGAAAAAGAAGAAGAACAGUCAGCAUAUGAAGACCCUGAUAAAAAAGCCUACCAUCUGUGUAUUGUCAAUUUAGUUAUUGGAACCUUAUACUGUGCGAAAGGGAAUUAUGAAUUUGGUAUUUCUCGUGUUAUGAAAAGCUUGGAACCUUUCAACAAAAAACUUGGUACAGAUACAUGGUUUUAUGCUAAAAGAUGCUUCCUGUCUCUGAUAGAAAAUAUGUCAAAACACAUGAUCAUGAUCCGAGAUACUGUGGUUCAAGAAUGUAUCGCUUUCCUAGAAUGCUGUGAAUUGUUUGGUAGAAAUGUUAAAGCUAUCAUUGAACAACCUCUGGAAGAAGAACCAAUGCAUCCUGGGAGAAACACUGUUGCCUUUCAAGCACGGCUAUUAAAGAGUCUAUUGUUACAGUUGAUUUAAGUGUCAAUAUCAAGAUGUCAAUCUGUCCUAUUUAUUAUAAUCUUAUUCAUUCAUUCAUUUGAGAAAACCUGUUUUUUCCGUCCUUUUAUCAGUGGAGAUACUCGAUUGAACGUUCCGGAAUUAAAUUGUCUCAAAUUACUUAAACAUACAUUAUGCAAGAGCUAAAUCUGCCAAUUGCAGGUAUUUCUUUGGGCCUUAAAUGUUAUCUAAAUUAUUAAUUAGACAUUUAUUAACAUGACAAGAACAUAGUCAACUCUCUAUGCCACCGGAUAGCUCCAAUUAUAAGUAGAUUAGAAUGGUUCAGCCAUUUAAUGUUUUAAUUGAGAAAUGGAGAAGCCAGACUAAGACUUGACUGAACAGUACGGUGGUUACGAUCAAUGCACACAUCUUGUCAAAACUACAACCAUAGAUAACUUUGCUCAAAAUAAAGUAUUCUGAAGGAAAUUUUCAAUAUAUUCAUUUUGCAUUAUCUAUUUUGCAAAUAUGGCAGAGAGAACGGUCAGCUCUAUGCAUGUAUUUAAAUCUUACAUAAUGCCCAUUUAAUCAGUUCCAUGAUCCGCAGUAUUAUCAAUGACAAUUGAGAUUAGUAAUAGUAAUACCUGCAGUACAGUCAAUAUUUUUCGGAAUUUUUAUGUGAUUUACCAUAUGUUGAUGUCAGAUUGGGAAUUUUUCCAGUUAGACGUUUGUCGAUACGGAACGAGUAAACACUAGAUUUUCAGGAGACAAGGCAUAUGCAAACUGAACAUGAUAUAAUCUCAACCAGUCACUAUAGCUGAAACAUUUUGCUCACAAAAUCUUUUUUCGGGACUGGAAGAACUGUGACGGCACUCAUUUUCGUAUCACUCAAUAACAAUUGCAUCAGUUCCGAACAUUCCGAACUGACAAUCGAGCACCCCCCAAUAUUGGUUAAUCUGUGAUAAUGUGUUUAUUGUAAAAUGACAAAUCUUAAUUAAAGUUAUAUACUAGAAAA